AUGCCACCACAAACCAACCCAAACUGGUCCCCCGAAGAGGUCCUCGAUGUCCACCCAGGUUCCCCUCGCUUCACGUGCUCAGGAACGUCAGACACAGGACGUCGAUGUAGAGGAACAACACUUCCAGUUCUGAAUACCAGAGUAGCAAGAGCGAUACUCGAUGAGCUUCGGGAUUCUUGGCACAAUCUCAGUGUAAUUGUAUAUCAAGGAUGGCUUUUCCCACAGCUGCAUCUCCUUGCUACCAUGACAAUUUGCAGCGCACGACAUCGUUACGGUGGAUAUGAACAUCCCUCUUCGAGAGUUGGAAAUGGAUUUGAUAUUGAAGCUAUCAUCGUUGCGAAUAGGUGGUUUGAGAUCCUCAGAGAUAUGCCAGACAGGGUUGUUUUGGGUGGAAUACCUGCCAUGCCCGCUGGAGAGAUACACUUUCCCGGUACUGCUCAACCCACUGUCCUCAAGUCAAAAAUAAAACAAGAGAGGGUAGAUAGGAGUGGUGACAACAGCACGACUGAUGGCGUGGCAGGAACAACAUCUACAGCAACAGCUCCACUCCAUCAACCUACCCAGACCGUCCCGCAUGAUGAACCCACGCCAUCUCCAGUCGUACCUCUCGCUACAGCACCUGGAGACACUGUUUCCAACGCCCCUAACUCUCCGGUCGGAUCAAACUUGUAUUCCGCCACGCCUCCACCUGUCAAUAGGCCACUUCCGCCUCACCAAACACAAAGGAGUGCGAACCCGUCCCCGCGCAACGAUCAAGCUGCUCCUGUUCGAAGCAAUCCACCUGUGGUCGACAGCAGAAACACUACUCGACAAACUCGAACCCUACGUUCAACUCAAAAUCCAACUUUCUCCACUACCAACCCCACCAACACCGCGCAACCAGAAACCCAAAUCACACCUCCAUCAACAAUACCUCCAUCUCACAGCACAACCCAAAACGAAGCUACCCACCAAACACCUGCACCACCUCCAUCAAUCAAUCCCCCUCCCACUCAACCAUCCGGCCUCCGCUCUUUCCUCCCCUCAAACAUAGGAUCUCUCAUCUCAACGGCCGUCAUAACCGCACUUUCAGGCUCGUCUUCCCUCGAACAAGCUCUCAAUACCUCACUAGAUGCUGUUUCUGUCGCUCAAAUCCCGGAGGCGUCAGCUCGACAAACUGCUGCAGUCGGUCCGGAUAGUCCGCAAGCGACUAAGCGCCGACGGACACAUGGCGCGGGGGAGUAG